AUGAACUGGACCGAAGGAGCUUUGGCUCGUCAUUUACGGGGCAAAGGCUUCAAGCCGGAGAUCGCCAAGCAGAAGCAGUACUUUGCAAAGACUCGACCAGGACCUAGGGAUGCCUCGAAGCCCACUGCCUCCAUUCCCUUUCUCUCCAGGCCAUCCAGCUUGCCCAAGGCGCUUCCCGAGAAACAGUCUCCAAGAGCUUUGAUACAAAGCUCGCCGUAUUUUCAGCGCCGGCAGAGCCAGCAUGUCGAAGCCCAGGAGCGUCGUUCUGGACAUUCGCUCCAUCAGCGCCUGCGCGAUGAUGGGUUGUCCACGGCGAACCGCGACUUUCCAAAGUCUCACAUGUCGAAUGGCAAAAGAAGACAUACCACGGGCAGAGAGGAAACUUUGGACACCAAGAGACGCCGUUUGCUACAGAAGGGCGACUGGGUCGGCAUCAACGUACAAAAACCAAUGCCUCUCCAGUUCUCGGCCCGUGGUAACUCGGCUGGGGGUCAGAUCUGGGGCUAUCGCAACAAACACAGAGCUGGGCAACCUGCCCCUUUCUUCGAGAAGUUGAAGCACAGCAGAAAAAAUGCACUGAGAGGGCAUGGUACUAGUCACAGCAGCACCCAGGGCGGAGACAGAGUUGUUAGGAUCAGGAUCGGCAGCGAGGGUGUUCGAUUCGGCGCCGGAUGCCAAGCCUCUACCAGGAGUUCGCACCAAAAUUCUCCCCGAACCGUUACCCAGUCAAACGGCUUGCAGCAGUCAAUCUAUUUCAUGGAAUCCUCGUCUCCGCAUCACCACGCCUUUUCGAGUUCUAUCGAGGAUAGGGAACGGACAAGUCAGACGAAGAAAUCUACGUGGCAGAUUCGCCGUGGGAGAGAUGGCACAACCUACGACGAUAUUGCAAGCCGUGCCUCACCAUCUAUGUUACAUGGUCAGCAGGGCAGACUUGAGAAUGACCAACGAGCUGGCCAACCACUAGUUGUCGAAUCUUCUCCGGUUGUCGUUCAUCACCCGGUUCCCCAACGACUCAGUCAGCUGGUCUUGUCAACCAGGCGAGGAACGCCAAAAUCAGACGCAUUUGGAAGCACCGUCGCCGAAGUCAGCUACAAUCCGUUGCCCGCCGUGGCCCCCUCAGAAUUGAGUGAGAAUGAACGAUGGCACGACAUGUUGGCUUCUUCCGGGCACCGAGAAGAAACUCCCAAAGACCUAGGCCACAGCAGAGCAGUCGCAACUGAAAAUAUCAGUCCCGGAGCCAGCAAUUUCCCUGGUCCCAGCAGCCCAUCAGCUCACCAGCCAAGUUCUGGGUACUCUACGAUUCGAGCGUCUUUGAAUGUCCAAACAAGAACGCCCAGCGGUUCUGAGAUGACGCAUGCAGGCACAUGGCCGAACAACCACGAGCCUUAUGAGGAACUUGGUAACGGCGGAAGUCUGCCAAGACACACACCUGUGGCGUUGCUGUUCUCCUCGCCACUUUCACUGGUCAACACGUCUCCGUCAUUGGACAACUCAGCCGUGAAUGACCUUGAACGCGGUAUUAGCACCAGUCAGGGAAAGACACACACGACUGAGGAAGCUGUCUUACGGAACUUGUGCGACAAUGCAAUGCAACGCCCUUCGUUACUGACACACUCAGACAACAGAGAAGAACACGGUUUCGGCCAGCAAGUUCGAGAGGCACAUCCUAGGGAUGAUGUGAAAGAGGCCGAUGCCCUCGGCUUCGUGUUCAAAACUUCGGAAAUAAAAACAGACCGAAAUACAUCAGAUCCAGAACCAGCAGCGGCAUGUGUGGAUGCAGACUGGAUGAACUUCAUAUUUGGCGAACGCGAUGAGGAAGCCCAAGAUGCGUUGUUUCGAGAGGCGAGACGGGAGGCAGCUCGGGAUCUACGUCCAUCAAGCAGCUCCUCUAGCAGCCAUUGCCCAAAUCUUUGGCCGCCUAGUCUUGAUCACGACACUGAAACCGUGGCUACCUGCGGAACGUUCGAUCGCGAAAACGACAAAGACAUUAUUCGACCUUCAUCGAGGCGCUCCUUUGUAUUUGAUCUCGAUCCUCCAGAUGAGAAUAUCUAUGAGGACCUCACAAGCUCUCUUCCAGAGACACGGAGUGCCGAUAUCACCCAUACAGAUAUUGAAGAGUCGGCCAUAGAUAAUAUCCAUGACUUAAUGGUUCCAGGGACGAGGGGUUCAAAUUAUACCAUUGCUGAUAUAGAUUCAGCCCCAGCGAUGGACUCCAUGUCAACAGUGGCACAACCUCCCGAGUCGGAAGUGGGCGAGACGCCCGGUCAAUAUUUUCGCUUCGCGAGACCAAAGACGUUCGUCGGCCGGCUAGCUAGUUCUUCAGUGCAUGACGCAGGCCCGAUCUUACCACUGAGUAUCCACCCCGAAUCCAAGAAAAGGGGCAGACCGAAGAGAAGAUCGAGAAAGAAGGCGAAGGACGGACGAGCUAAUAUCCGAGGGUUGCCAGACCAUGACGGUGACCCAAUUGAGGGGGGCUCAGAUGAGUAA